GACCCCCCGGAGGGCAUCAGCCAGAUCGCUCGCAUGCUCCGGCUGCGGCGGGACAUCUCGAGCCGCACGGCGGUCCCCCUCCUUCGCGUGGACGUCGCGUUCCAAGUGGCCAGGCACAUGCACGCGCAGAAAGCCGACUUCACCUUCAACUCCGUGAUGAUGGAGGUUACGGCCAGCCUGGAUCGGCCCCUGGGUUCGCUGUCACUGAAGGCGGAGAACUUCACCGAUGCCAGGAUUUGCACGAUCUGCAGCGAGGAGAACGAGUGCCAGACCGACAUGAAGAUGCGCCACUUCGAGGCUGCUACAGACAUGAGUUGUAUCGAACGCACCAUCGACGACGAGGACGCCCACGACUACCAGACCCAUCUCCUCCCUUUUCUGGCCGCCCACGGUAGGGUGCACGAGUCUUGCGCGGAGGCUG